AAUAAAUAAAUAAAUAAAUAAAAUGGUUUUAUGGGAGGUUUUUUCUUUUGGUUUUUUGUGCUUGCAAACAAGUAGAAAAGUAAAAAGGAAGUUGUAAUUUCCUAUUAAAUUUCUGUAUUUUGUUUUUCAACCAUUUAUCAAGAAAAAGGGGGAGAGAGAGAUAGAAAGAAAACGGAAGCUAGGAAUUUUGGUAAAAUAUAAACACAGCAACUCCUCCCCUUUCUCUGUCUUUCUUGCUUCUGCCAAUAAUUUUAGAUCGAAUCCCAAACGUAACUCUAUUCUCUUUUGUGUUUUUUAUUAUAUUAUUUUUUUGUUUCGUUUCUUAGAAGGAAAAAAAAAAAGUCAUUUAUAAAUUCAAGUGUUUGGGUACUUUGGGUUGUUUACGAAAAAGAACAUGAGCAAAGAGAUUGUAAAGGAAGAAGCGCCUUCGUCGUCCCCUGUUGUUUCGGGUAGCUUUGCUUCUCUGAGAAGCGUCCGAUGGCGUAUUAGUCUCGGUAUUUUGCCUUCUUCUUCUUCAGUUGAUGAUCUUCGCAGGGUAACUGCUGAUUCUCGCCGAAGAUAUGCUGGGUUGAGAAGGUGGCUGCUAGUGGAUCCACAUGUUCCAAAGGAUGGAAGAAGUAAAUCCCCUGAUCUUGUCAUGGACAAUCCACUCUCUCAAAACCCAGACAGCACCUGGGGGCGAUUCUUUCGGAAUGCUGAGCUGGAAAAAAUGGUUGACCACGAUUUAUCACGAUUAUAUCCAGAACAUGGAAGCUACUUCCAGACUCCUGGAUGCCAGGGAAUGCUGAGAAGAAUAUUGUUGUUGUGGUGCCUUAGACAUCCAGAGUAUGGUUAUAGACAAGGAAUGCAUGAACUCUUGGCACCUCUUCUGUAUGUUCUUCAUGUCGAUGUUGAGCGUCUUUCGGAAGUGCGAAAGCUACAUGAACACCAUUUCAUUGACAAAUUUGAUGGAUUGUCAUUUGAAGAAAAUGAUGUUACAUACAAUUUUGAUUUUAAGAAGUUUUUAGAUUCUAUGGAAGAUGAGAUUGGAUCUCAAGGUAAUUCAAAGAAAGCUAGGAGUCUUGAUGAGCUUGAUCCUGAGAUACAGACCAUUGUAUUGCUAAGUGAUACUUAUGGAACUGAAGGUGAACUUGGUAUUGUCUUGUCUGAGAAAUUUACUGAACAUGAUGCCUACUGUAUGUUUGAGGCUCUGAUGAGUGGGGCUCAUGGUUCAGUUGCUAUGGCAGAUUUCUUUUCUCCCAUUCCUGCUGCUCAGUCCCAGAGUGGCUUGCCCCCUGUCAUUGAAGCCUCAGCUGCAUUAUACCAUUUACUGUCAAUUGUUGAUUCUUCCCUGCAUAGCCAUCUCGUCGAGCUUGGUGUUGAACCCCAGUAUUUUGCACUUCGCUGGUUGCGGGUUUUAUUUGGACGGGAGUUUUCACUUCAAGAUCUCUUAGUUGUAUGGGAUGAGAUCUUCACGGCAGAUAAUAGCCCACUUGAAAAAGACUCUGGAAAUGAUGAGAAUUCCAGUUUUAAAAUGUUCAAUUCAUGCCGUGGAGCAUUAAUAACUGCUAUGGCAGUCUCUAUGAUACUUUAUGUGAGAUCUUCUCUGCUUGCCACUGAAAAUGCAACAACUUGUCUUCAGAGACUCUUGAACUUUCCGGAGACUAUAAAUCUGAGAAAACUUAUAGCGAAGGCGAAGCCACUGCAAAUUCUUGCAUUGGAUUCUAAAAUUUCACCUUUGUCAUCUAUAUUUGAUGGUUCUUAUAACCGUAGCAAAUCUGCAGUUAGUGGUUACAAUCUUUCAUCUCAUCCAGUUUCUCCAAAAACUCCUCUAUCUCUUGUGCCCGACAGUUACUGGGAAGAAAAGUGGAGAGUACUGCAUAAGGCAGAGGAACUAAAGCAAGAUAGUUUAGACAAACUAUCUCCAAGUGGGAAAAAAAGAUGGUCGGAAAAAGUAAAGCUGGUGCUAUCUAGAACUGAAUCUGAUCCAUCGCCUGCAAGAGCAGAGAAAUACAAAAGGGGCCAUAAGUCAUCUGUUAGGCGUAGUUUGCUUGAUGAUUUGACUCGGCAACUUGGCUUGGAGGAAGAAGAUACCGAAAAGGGAGGCUGUUCUGAUGCUUCCAACUUAGGAGAUCAUCAUUCUACAGAAGCUCAGGUAGAGGGGCAGCAAAAUGAUACUAACAUAGGUUCAAUUUACAGAGCUGAGGAAAGAUGUGAGUGUGGAAGUGGAACUGUUGUCAGUGAAGAAAACUCCUCUAUUUUUUCUGACCCUUUAAGUUCUGGAAGUGGUACUAAUGACCAUGAAAAUGACACAGAAAAAAGUAGCUUUGCAUCGAAUUUAUCGUCAGAUGAAAAUGAUGAUCACCACCAAAGUAACCCUGAAGAUUCACCUCUUCCAGUUUCCUCUCCUCCUCCUGAAGGUGUCCCUUUAAAUUCUCCACAUGAGAAUGAAUCUUCAGGGAAGCUGGUCUCAGCCAUGAAAGAAAGAAGACAUCUCUCAGGUAGAUUUCAAUGGCUUUUUAGGUUUGGACGAAACAAUGUCAGUCAGGAGGCAUCGGAUAAAGGAGGUACCAAUGAGACUGCAAAAUCUCUAAAUCGUGAUAGCAAGAGCAAUACAGCAGACUCAUCAGUUGCUGGUGCUUCUCGUAAUUCAUCUCUUGCCAGCCAAAGAGAUGUUGUGGACCAGAAUGUAAUGGGAACAUUGAAGAAUCUGGGGCAGUCUAUGCUUGAACACAUUCAGGUUCUCGAGUCUGUUUUCCAGCAAGAUCGAGUUCAAGUGGGAUCAGUGGACAACUUGGGUAAAAGCAAUCUAGUUGGCAAAGGACAAGUUACAGCAAUGACAGCUCUGAAAGAGCUUCGGAAGAUCAGCAACCUUUUGUCAGAGAUGUGAGAUUUGUUGUUCUACUUAUAAAAUCUGUAUAUACAUUUUGUAGUUACAUUGGUUUUUUAAAUGCAAAUAAUAAAAUGAUUUUUGUUGGUA